AUGGAUGCUAUAACGAGUUUCGUUGAACGUGCUCUUCAUGCAUUUUCGUUGAAUGAUAAUUCCACGGUUUCCGAUACCCUUCAAAAAGACAAGCUCGAUUCUUUUAUUUUCUUUCCUAGAUUGCCAGGAGAAAUUCGUGUCGAGAUAUGGAGAGCCAUCGCAAGACUGCCAAGAGUUGUCGUGAUGCACGAAGUUUUCGAUACUGACCAGACAGGGCAAAGUCAUCCACAUGGAGAAACCCGCAAAAGCAUUCUUAUACAGAAGGUCACGCCGACGCUUCCCCCAGUCCUCCUAGCCUGUCUUGAGAGUCGUAAGGCAUGUCGAUCCUUCUAUCAACCCCUACGCAGUACCAUGUACAAGAUGGAGUACUUGGAUGGGCAAGCUUACCGUUGGACUGCCACCCCCUUCAGUCACCUUGUGCCUGAUUACAUCAAAAUUUUCGCUGACACCAUCUACUGGACUUGUCCACGGAUAUCCGAGAAGGAUAAUCACGCCGUUGACGAUUCAUACUGGCGUGAAUCUUGUUCACGAUUACCUCGAAUCCAGUCACUGAAGUCGGUCGCAUUCAACGCAAACGAGCUAAAGGUCCGCUACGACACCACAGACGUUAUACGGGAUAUGGCCGGGCCGUUAUUCUAUCUGGAAGUUUUUUUCGACCUCCACAGAGACAUUGAAGAAGUCAUAAUAGUAGUUAAACGAGGCUGUGACUUGCCUCCCACCGACGGGGAUCUCGAGUUCGUCGAACUGGAUGAACAUGAAAGUGACGACCCUGUAGCGAAAGAAAUCGUCGAGGACGGGUUUAAGAAUAUAUUUAACUGGAUCAAAAAGACAUAUAAGAAACGUCUCAUCAUGUACGAGCGUGAUAGAAAGCUUUAUCUGGCAUCACUAUCGGAGAAUAUUGAUAAGGUCUCAGAAAGGCGGAUUGGGGCUCCAAAACCUCCCACACCCGUGGAACCACUCCGUCUGCCGGUACUCAAGAUAAUGGGUAUUUCCAAAGGUGGUGUCAGACUUUAAUGAACUUACAAGUACUGAAGUGUGAGUUCCUGGGUCUAGAAAUUAUGGGAGUAUGGGACAGAGGAUUGCCUAUUCAUGUACUUAGGCACCCUUGAGGUAUCAGAAUGCGAGCAGACAAUGAGAACAGAGAAUGAGAUAAA